UUCAAUUGUAGAGGUUAUCUACCAACGUGUAUUUCAUGUUUGCAGUUUACUAGCCUAGACAUUUGUUUGAGUGCCAAAUGCUGGCUAAUAUUUGCGCCCACUCGUGUGUGGGUAGGCUCGCGUGCCUCUGCGUUAUUCAAAAUAUAGGCUAUAGUGAUGUGCACGGUCGCGGUGGGAGAGAGAACGUUGUGGGAAGGGGAUGAAGCAACCAGCUGAAAAGAAACUUCCUUCCAAGGAACUUCCUUCCGUGACCAGAGCGCAAACAUGGAGUGAGUCUUUUAUAAGCGGGAGCGAUCAGCAGGAUAAACAGUCUAAACUAGGCUAUAGCCUAUAUUGACUUCUAAUACGCGCAAGAGUUGUAGGCCUAAUUAGAAAGUUGUUACAACUGAGUUAAAAAAUGAGGGACAUAAUAGUGAUGGUGUUUGUUACUCUAACAUUCUUGAUGAGAGUGGGAGAAGCCAAACAUAACGCAUACUGUAUCGGGAAUCAGUGUUUUGCUGUUUUCGAGGAUCCAGUCGAUUUUGCAACGGCUCAAAAACAUUGUGAGAGCAAUAAUGGACAAUUAAUGACAGUGCGAUCUUCGGGAUCACAAGACAUCAUUUCGAUUUUAAUUGCUAUUACAGGAGAUUACUGGAUUGGUUUGCAGUUACCGAGUGGACAAUGUCCAGACAGUGCCUCUGAUUUGCGGGGCUACAGAUGGAUAACGGGAGAUAAUUCCACAGACUUUCAAAACUGGGGGGUCAUUGACAAUGUCUGCUCUUCAAAAUGCGUCUCGGUGUCCAAAGACGAAUUUAAUUGGACAGAACAAUCAUGCAACAGGGAAAUAGAUGGAUACAUUUGUGAGUAUAAUUUCCUAAGUGUCUGCAAACGUUUUGACAUAAAAAGCGAUCAGUCCGUUCUGUAUGAGACCCCAUUGGGAUUCGAGGGAGAUGACCUACUGGUAUUGCCUAUGGGAAGCACUGCAACGCUCAACCCCUUUGAUUCCAAGUAUAUAUGUCUCUCUGAACAGUGGAUGCAAGCACCAUGGAAUUGCGAUGUAUUGAAAGGUGGUUGUGAGGAUGAGUGCUCAUUGAUUAAUCAACAACCUGUAUGCAUCUGCCCAACUGGAAAAACUCUGCAUGACAAUAAAUUUACAUGUGAAGUUGUGCAAAAGGAUCCCUGCCUUCAUUUCGGGUGUGCACACGUUUGCUACCAGAAAAAUGACAGCUCCAUCGCCUGCAUGUGUCACCAUGGGUACGCACUGGCAGAAGAUGGGAAGAAGUGCAAAGACAUUGAUGAUUGUUUCGAUGAUAGACAGUGCCCGGGACAGAACUAUGAGUGUGUCAACAAUAUUGGUGGAUUUGAAUGCAGAUGCCAAAAUGGAUUCGAAAUGAUUAAUGACAAAUGUGUUGACAUAGAUGAGUGCUACAUGGAUGGCCCAUGCGAGCACAUGUGCGAAAAUACAUUGGGCAGUUAUAAUUGCUCCUGUUUCGAAGGAUAUAUUGCAACGAGAAAAGACCCUAACAAAUGUCAACUUCAUUGUCCUUUCGAAGAGUGUCUUGCAGAAUGUGACCCAAAUGAGCCACAUCAAUGCAACUGUCCCGAGGGUUUCCUGGUUGAUGUAAGAAAUGAGAUUAGAUUUUGCUUGGACAUUAAUGAAUGUGAAAUGAGUUACUGCGACCAUAAUUGCACAAAUACGUAUGGAGGUCAUAUGUGUUCUUGCUAUGAGGGAUUCGACUUGGUUGAGGGAUGGACAUGUGUUGAGAGAGAACCGUCGGAGGGUUCAGGCUUUACGACACCAUCUGAUUUUAUUACACCAAGUGUCAAAUAUCCAACUCAGCGCCCCUCAACUGUGACAACAGGUGGUCUAAUUGGAUUAAUAGUGUGUAUUGUCAUUGUCGUUUUGGUAAUGGUAUUUUUACUCCAACAUAUUCUCAAACGUCGCAACAAAUUAGAAGUUCCAAGUGCGCCCAAAACCCAAGGUGAUGAUGGACACGAUUUGGAGCAAGUAACGACAGAAAAGUACCCAAAACCAGUGGUGGAAAAAGUACCCAAUUGUCAUACUUGAGUAAAAGCAAAGAUAUGUUCAUAGAAAAUGACUCAA